AUGGAUGCACAUGGAAAUUUAGUCUCUUCUUACAAAGAAAGAAGUGAAACAGAAAUUGCCAUGGCUACUUUUCCUUUUUCAAAAAUCAAGCCCUUUCGAUCAAUCAGUUUGCCUGUCAGAUCACACCCUACCACUCAAAGAGUUGAAGAGGUGCUCAAUAAGCUCAAUGGGUUGGAGACAUCAGUUGCACCAACAGCAGAAACAAUCUGUAACAGUUUACUCGGUUUGGAGGAGUUACAAAAGUGUAUGGAUGAUCUUCUUAACUCGCCUCAAACUCUUCAAAUACUUUCCCAACACCAACAGGGGAAAUGGUUUGAGGAGUUACUGCAAAAAUCAGUUAGAAUUCUUGAUAUUUGUGGCGCUACAAGGGAAAUUGUCUCUCAAUAUAAGGAAAAUGUUAGAGCUCUUCAAUCCUCACACAGAAGACGAAAAGGAGAUUCCAGUACAGAAGCUGGAAUCACAAGAUUCACCACUUUCAGCAAGAAAAUGAAGAAGGACGCCAAAAGAUUAGUCUUGGCUCUGAAGCAAGUAGAUUGUGAGACUUUCACCUCAGCAUUCCUGGAAGCAGAUCAGGAGACAAUAGCUGUGAUUAGAGCACUAAGGGAAGCCAAUGGAGUUUGUAUUUUGGUUGUCCAAAAUAUCUUGUCCUUCUUGUCUGUGCCACUUUUGAAGCCAAAGCAACCAAAAUGGCCAUUGGUUGCAAAAUUGACAAACAACGGAAGAAGAGAACAAGAAGGCCUAGAAAACAGCACGAACUUGGAAACAAGAUUGGAGACUUUUGAGGCUCAACUUGACAGCAUCGAAAAGGGAUUGGAGGGAACAUUUAGGGGCCUGAUUAGAUCAAGAAGCUUGCUCCUGAAUGUUUUCUCCUGCUAA